AUGGAAGCCAAAUUUUUCGAAGGAUCUACCAAAACACAGAUCUUUCAACUAUCAAAUAAAACUGGAAGAUUUAAAUCUGGUGAUAAGAGUUCGGUAAUUUUUAUCAUAACUCAAAAAAUAACAAAAUCAAUCAAACCAUUAUUAUCGUCCAGCUCCCACUCCGUGGUAGCUCCACAACUAGAUUUCGUUUUGACUCGGGAUUACUGA